CAGUGACGUCGAACUCACUGUUGAAGGCUGCACUCUGUCAGAACCUCGAUCAAGGGUGGUCAAUGGAUUCCCAGGCCAGUCUGUUCUCCUGCCCUGCUCCUGUAGUAAAACCCAGGCUAAACCUCCCAGCGUCACAUGGACUAAACUCAGAGAUCAACAGACACCUGGGAUAAUAUCAACCCAGAGUGAUCUGUACAGAGGCAGAGUGGAGAUGUUUAAUAGCACCUCUCCUGGGAACCUCUCUGUCCUCCUCUCACACGUCACCGAGGACGAUCAGGGAUGGUACAGGUGCCAAAUCAGUGAGACUCAAAUGACAGACGUCAAAAUUGAUAUUCAAAGGAAAUACCAACCCCUCACAACCACUACCACCAAACAUCCACCAUUAACUCAACCAAAUGGACUAGACAUUACAACAUUCCUAAUACCAACAAUGUCACCUAAAGGGGCAGACACAGUGGGGACUUCAGAAGAAGAUCCAUCUGCUUCCCCUCAACAAUACAAUACAAUCCAAUACACCUUACUGGCUGUUCUACCAGUCAUACUGAUCACCUCUGGAGUGGCUUGGUACAUAUACAAGAGAAACAAAGGAAAGAAAAACACAGGAGAGAAAAGUCGUGGGAGCAAAACAGAAGGAGAGAAAAAGGAUGAUCCCUCUGUAAUGUAUGAUACGGUUCAAGAACCCAGAAACAACAACCAAGAGGAGACAACAACACCCCUCAGUGCUCCAGAGGAUCCCUCAGUGACAUACUCCACCAUCGUCUACAUGAAAGGAAAAAGGAACGCAGCAGUGAGUCUGGAGAGCGGUGGAAAACAGAGUAUGCCACUAUCAAGACAGAUGUUCAAAGGUCCUAACCAGGAUAUCCACGGCAUCUUCACUGGAGGCCCGUGUCGCGCGUUUCUGGAAAUCAACAAGGAGUAUCGCUAG